GAAGUCAACAUGAAGAUCCAACGCAUUGGGGCUCUUGCCUCUUUCCUCGCAGCUGCUGUUGCGAAGGAGAUCAAGCCCGAUCUGCAGAGGGGCGCUGAGCUCUAUGACAGUGGUAUCAUGCACGAGCACCUCAUGAGCCUCAAGAUGGACCACUGGGCUGCCGAAAAAGCCGCCGGUCUCAUGAACUCAUCCGUGUGGCCGCGCCUAAACUACACCAAGUGCAUCGACGGCAAGGCCGAGGCGAUCCCAGGCGAUCCUCUCCACACUUUCAAGUGCAAGAACGCGGAUCUCUACGACUUCUUGCCCCACUCCGCCAUCGGUUCACCUAUUGGCAACGCCGACGGCGAGGUUGGCAGCUCCGCUUGGGGUUGGACUGACGAGGAGUCCGGCAGAGAGUUCAUCGCUGCCGGCCUCUUCCAAGGUGCCUCGUUCAUCGAAAUCCUCCCCACCGGCAAGAUGCGCCACGUCGGCUUCCUGCCCUCCUUCGGCACCCUAUCCGAGAACUCGCUCUGGAGGGAGAUCAGGGGCUACAAGCACUACAUGCUGAUCGGAUCCGAGCAGAACGGGCACGGUGUCCAGAUCUUCGACAUGAAGAAGCUGCUUGACAUCACCGACGAACAAGCUCCCCGCCAGUUCGCCCAGUCCGAGGUCACCGGCCACUUCACCGAGCUUCCCAUCGGUGCCACCCACAACGUUUUGUCCAACGAGGAGCUGGAGUAUGGUGUUGCCGUCGGUGCCCGUCCCCGCACCGACGCCUGCAAGAGUGGAUUGAUCUUCUUCGACCUCAAGGACCCCUCCAACCCCAAGAAGCUUGGUUGCCACGCCGACGAUGGUUACGUGCACGAUGCUCAGUGCCUCGUCUACCGUGGCCCCGACAAGCGCUACGAGGGCAGGGACAUCUGCUACGGUUACAACGAGGACACCCUCACAAUCUACGAUGUUACCGACAAGACCAAGACCAACAUCAUCUCCCGCACGGGGUACGAGGGCUCCAGCUACACCCACCAGGGCUGGGUUCUCGACAAGAACAACCAGGAGUACCUCUUGAUGGACGACGAGUACGAUGAGUACGAUGGCAUUGCAGGUCCCGGCCAGGACGGCUUUGCUGCCACGUACAUUUGGGACAUUAAGGAUCUAGAGAACCCUAAGCAGACUGGUGUCUACAAGGCCAGCGUCCGCGGUAUCGACCACAACCAGUACGUCGUCGACGGCUACUCGUACCAGUCCAACUACAUCAACGGCUUCCGCGUCUACGACGUCUCUUCGAUCCCGUCGGACCCCACCGGAGCUGGCGUCUGCGAGACGGCCUUCUUCGACAUCUACCCCGAGGACGACUCGGCGCCCGGCGGUGGCGUCCUGCAGUUCAGCGGCAGCUGGGCCAGCUACGCCUACUUCAAGUCCGGUUACAUCUUCAUCAACACCAUCGAGCGCGGCGCCUUCGUCGUCAAGCUGACCAAGAAGGAGCGCUGCAACAACAAGGCGACGUGCAACGCCGACAACUGCCUGCGCGCCAUGCGCUCGACCUCGGUCGCCGGUCGCCUGGAGGAGAGCCAGCAGUUCUGCGGAGAGUUCACCAAGACGCACGUCUACGACGUCAGCGUCGUGCCCGAGUUUGCCUCAAAGGCCUGCGGCGAGAACGUCAUCUCCAGGGUCAGCUCGGCCUGCAACUGCCUGCCCACCCCGACCCCUGCCGCCUAA